AAAAAAAAUUCCUAUCCGAAACUCUUCCUUCUUCAACCUUUGAACCGAGGCCAACGCGAUGGCGACGGCGGCACUUACGCCCAUUCUUCCUCCUCUCUCAUCACAAUCUCUCACCUCAACAGCCACAAAAUCAAGAGCAAAUCAACCCAUUUUAUCCUCACCCUCCUUUUUCCACUCUCGCACCAAAACCCAAUCACUACUAAAUCAUGGUCGAGGGUUCACUGUGAUCUCUUGCCUCCCUUCUUCGUCUCCCAAGGGCUCUGCUUCUCCUCUCUCAACCAAGCUCUACGUCAGCGGUCUUUCUUUCCGUACAACUGAGGAAAGCCUAAGAAAUGCAUUCCAAAAUUUCGGACAACUAGUGGAAGUUAACCUUGUGAUGGAUCGAAUAGCAAAUAGACCUAGAGGCUUUGCUUUUCUUCGUUAUGCCACCGCGGAGGAGUCUCAAAGUGCAAUUGAAGGAAUGCAUGGAAAGUUCUUGGAUGGCCGCGUUAUUUUUGUGGAGGUUGCAAAGCCGAGGUCAGAACUGCGCUCAAGUGCCAGGCAAACGCCAAAACACUACUGAAGAAUACAUCCUGGGAGUUAAUGUAGCAAGCACUAGG